UCACUUUGUACACCCAAAUGAAAAGGUAACGAGUAAGAAAACUCACGGUUUUAUUAAAAACAAAUUAAAGUCGUUGAGAAACAAAGUCAAAAGAAGGUGAAAGGACGGAGGCUCUGCAUCUGAAGCGAAGGAUUUUAUCCACAGUCAGAGAAAGACCUGCUGGAAAGGGCACAGUAUCGAUUGCAACGUCGCAGCGUCCUCAUCUAUUGGGAUAUAUCAACUGAUCGAAUUUAAGCUCAAACACAACAUGAAGUUCUUGGUGAUCCUUUUCGUGGCCCUGGUUGCCUUCGCCUCUGCUGCUCCUCAAUUUGGAUUCGGAGGAUUCGGAGGCGGAUUUGGUGGUCAGCAGCAACAGCAGCAGGAAGGAUUUGGAGGAGGAUUCGGAGGUUUCGGCCAGCAACAGCAGCAGCAGGAAAGCUUCGGUGGCGGAUUCGGAGGAUUCGGAGGAGGAUUCGAGCAACAACAGCAGCAGCAGCAGGGAGGCUUCUUCUAAGGCUAUUAAGCUAAGAAAUAGCAUAUUAUAAAAAGCAAAAAAUAGUUUAAAUUAAUUAAAUAAUAUUACAAAAAACAAA